UUCAAAUCUAGGUGGCAUGAAGGUGAAAGCCGAUAGAGACGAGUCUUCCCCUUAUGCUGCCAUGCUUGCAGCCCAAGAUGUUUCUCAACGCUGCAAGGAGUUGGGUAUUACUGCCCUUCAUAUAAUGCUAAGAGCAACUGGAGGGAACAAGACCAAGACACCUGGUCCUGGUGCGCAGUCUGCACUUAGAGCCCUUGCUCGUUCAGGCAUGAAAAUUGGACGCAUAGAGGAUGUUACCCCAAUUCCCACUGACAGUACUCGUAGAAAGGGUGGUAGACGUGGAAGAAGGCUGUGAUAUGCUCAGAAUUUCUGUUUUAAACAAUUUUCGGUUUAGAUUCAAGCUUGUUUCGCUCUUUUCUAUUGUUGGACAAUAGUUCUGUAGUGAAUUUUGAUGGUAAUUUGUAGACAAAAGUUAUGGAACUCUUUUAAGUUGAGCUUGUAUU